AUGCCUCAGAGCUUCGCUGCUACGGCUCAACAACUUCUAGACCCGCGCAGUGACCUUUCUCAGAAAUACCCACACCUUCACCACGGUCUUAAAUGGCGAUUAGAAAAAGCUUUGUCGGACAGAAAUCAUGAGCCUAUCUCAAGGUGUGGCCAUGUAGUGUUCAAUGGCUACGAAAUCGGAAGAAACGACGAAUCCAUAUUUCAAAAUGAAGAAAAUUCCGCAUUCGUUGAUUUCCUUGACCCGAUCACUAAAGACCACACAGGAACUCGUCUAAUCCGAAUAUGCAACAAGUUAACUGACCGUAUGGAGAUCUACGGUACAAUUGGCCAUGGUACGUUUGCGGCUGUGUAUCUCGCCCGAGAAAGAUGCGGUCCUGGUCAGGAUCCUCGAAAUGUGAGGCAUUUUGCUGUCAAAGUCGAAAGACAUCAUACAGUACUCGGUGAUAGGGAUUUCAUGUCGGCCCCUGUGGUGCCAAUUCAUGAUAACGCCGAUCAGGCGAGGUAUAUUCCUACUGAAGCGCUUUAUCUUCUUUUUCUAUCAAGCAGUGACAGGUUCCCGAAACUCGACUCUGUCUACAUCCAUGAUCGAUAUCAAGCAAUUGUGAUGUCUGCCUGUGUUGAUCCCGCUCUAGAUCGAUGGUCCCCAACGGUAGGAUCUUGUGCAUCUUUCUUCCCCUCUUUCACGGGCAAAUAUCUCAUGACCAAAGAUAACAGGGCCAUCCUCGAUGAGUUGUCGGCUUGCAAAGUUGCAGCGCAGCUACUAGAAGCCGUUGCUGAUAUGGCACAGAUAAACCUUUUCCAUUACGACCUCUCGCUCCUUAAUUUUGUCGUUGACCAGAACCUAAACGUCCAACUCAUUGACCUCGGCAACGUUUGGUUCGGACUCGAUGAUGGGGAUUUCAUUUCCUAUACCUAUGCAUACCUACCCUUUCAGGAAUACCAAAUGUUGCCUGAAUUAGCUGAGGUAUUGUUCCGACCAGAGAAUCGCGAACGAGACUUGCGCACAAAUAUCUGGGUCGAAUUUGAGAAUGAUGUCCGCCAAAUCACGUUGUGGAAGUACGGCGUUAUCGUCUAUGGGUUUCUGCAUGGUUACUGGCCUUGGGAUAAUCCUCCAGCUGGUGGCCAUGAGAUGAAUAUACUGGAGUAUCAAGGGGAGGAAAAUCAAAGGGUUUGUGAUCGACGAGUAAGAAUGAUGUGGGACGGUUUGCCGAUAAGGGAGGACUUAUCUCAGGACUGCAAGGACGUGCUGCGUCAUCUGUUUCAGAGAGACCCUGCCAAGCGUCCAUCUUUGGAAGCUUUGGUAACAUAUCCCUGGUUCUCGCAGUGGACAUAUCAGAAUCGAAUCUAUGUGCGGCCCUUUUCACAAGAGUUUCAGGAUGUCUACUGUCGGUCUAUUUGA